AUGGAUACAAUAACACUCAAAUAUGAUGAAUACUCUGCUCUACUGCGAUCUUCUCAAACAUCCAAAGAAGAAAACACUCGCCUAAAAGAAGAAGUAAAGAAACUGAAAGAGCGUGUAAGUGACCUUGAGUGUAAGUUCAAACAUCAAACUGGAAAGACACAAGAAGCAGAGAAGAUGUGUGUUGACCUUCAAAAGCAAGUUGAGAAAGAGCGUGUCGACAAGAUACAAAUAUCUUUUGAUAUCUCUUUGAUUCGUUUAAAAUAUAACGAACUUAAGAAACAGAACGACGUAUUAAAAGAGGAAGUAGCCUUCGAACCUCAAAGAAAGGAAAAAGUCGAGUUCCCCACUUUUAUCCCAGAGAUUAAACCUAUUCGCCCAAUCCAAAAUCAAAAGGACUUUGUCAUGAUCGGGCGCGUGGAACAAUUACCCAAAGACACUAUUGUCGAUUUGGUCGUUGAAAAAUCAGAGGACCAAAGUGAAACAGAAGACGAGCUUGACGCAACACAGUUCGUGCGAACAAAAUUACCUGCUCGCGUCGAUAUUUCACCAACACCUGCGAAAGUUGGCGAUCUCGUAAAAAAUGAUGUCGUCAUUGAAAACGUCGAAAAGCAGUUUACGUGCCGACAGAGUCAAGACAAGAAUAGUGUAGAGGUAGUUGAAGGUUCUGAAGAAAUCGACAUGUUAUAUGGGAUUGAUUACGAUCGAGUGCUUCAGGUUCUUAAAACGAUAUAUCGUGACAAGACGAAAUUAAAAGGAGACAACAACAAAUGGGCGGAAGGGUUUACUGUGUUUUCAGAUUAUCUCAAGGCGUGUGGUGUGAAGGUUAGACCGACGAAGACGAAGAGUAAAGAAGAGAAUGAGCAGGACAUGUGUGUUGAAUUCUUGAGGGAAUUUAAAAAAAUUGAAAACAUUAAAGUUCAGUUGGGGAUGAAAAGAGCAGUUUUGUUCUUCGAAAAGAAUAGAAAGACGGUUGUGAGGUAUCUUGGAGACUAUUGA